UCCAGAUGUGAUCAGUAGCAUCAGGCAGUUAUCCAAGGCUGCCAUGAAGGAGGACUCCAGACCCAGCAAAGAUAAUGAGGACGCCUUCUAUAACUCGCAGAAGUUUGAAGUGCUGUACUGUGGGAGGGUGAUCGUGACCCAUAAGAAGGCGCCCUCCAGCCUCAUUGAUGACUGCAAGGAGAAGUUCAGCCUGCACGAGCAGCAGCGACGGAAGCUGCAGGGCGAGAGAGGUGGUGACCCCGGGGACGAGCUGGGUGUCUUGGAGGCUGAGUCUCCCGUGUCCCCAGAUGACAGCCUGCCCGAGGAGGCAGAUGGUACAGUUAACAGCCACCGCGCUCUGCCCUCCCUGGCCAGCCUCCCCACCCUGGCUAGCCAGCCUGCACUGGCCAGCUCUCGGGUGUGCUUCCCAGAGAGGAUUUUGGAAGACUGUGGCUUUGACGAGCAGCAGGAGUUCCGAUCUCGGUGCAGCAGCGUCACGGGUGUCCUGCAAAAGAAGGUUCAUGAGAACAGCCAGAAACCACAGCCAAGAAGGAGGCACGCAAGCGCCCCCAGUCACGUGCAGCCCUCGGAUUCAGAGAAGAACAGGACCAUGCUCUUCCAGGUCGGCCGCUUUGAGAUUAACCUCAUCAGUCCAGACACUAAAUCAGUUGUGCUCGAGAAGAAUUUCAAAGAUAUUUCCUCCUGCUCUCAGGGAAUAAAGCAUGUUGAUCACUUUGGCUUCAUCUGUCGGGAGUCUCCAGAGCCGGGACUGAGCCAGUACAUCUGUUAUGUGUUCCAGUGUGCCAACGAAUCUCUGGUGGAUGAGGUCAUGCUGACCCUGAAGCAAGCUUUCAGCACGGCUGCUGCUCUGCAGAGUGCCAAGACACAGAUCAAGCUGUGCGAGGCCUGCCCCAUGCACUCUUUGCAUAAGCUCUGUGAGAGGAUCGAAGGGCUCUACCCACCACGAGCCAAACUAGUAAUCCAGAGGCAUCUCUCUUCACUGACAGAUAAUGAGCAAGCUGACAUCUUUGAACGAGUCCAGAAAAUGAAGCCCAUCAGUGACCAGGAGGAGAAUGAACUCGUGAUUCUGCACCUCCGGCAGCUCUGCGAAGCCAAGCAGAAGACCCACGUGCACAUCGGGGAAGGGCCGUCGAUUAUUUCAAAUAGUACAAUCCCAGAAAAUUCGACAAGUGGUGGGAGGUUCAAGCUUGACAUUCUGAAGAACAAAGCGAAGAGAUCCUUAACUUCCUCCUUGGAAAAUAUCUUCUCUAGGGGAGCUAACAGGAUGAGAGGUCGGCUUGGAAGCAUGGACAGCUUUGAACGGUCCAACAGUCUUGCUUCGGAGAAGGACUUCUCACCAGGGGACUCUCCUCCCGGGACACCACCAGCCUCUCCACUGUCCUCUGCCUGGCACGUCUUCCCCGAGGAGGAUUCGGACUCUCCACAAUUUCGAAGACGGGCUCACACAUUCAGCCACCCACCUUCAAGUUCAAGGAGGAAGCUGAACUUGCAAGAUGGGAGGGCUCAUGGCCUAAGGUCCCCUCUACUGAGGCAGAGUUCCAGCGAGCAAUGCAGUGAUGGAGAAGGGAGAAAAAGGACCUCAUCCACCUGCAGCAACGAGUCCCUGAGUGCUGGAGGGACCCCUGUCACCCCCCGCAGAAUCUCCUGGAGGCAACGCAUUUUCCUCCGGGUUGCAUCUCCUGUGAACAAGUCCUCAUCAGCAAUGCAGCAAAAAGAUGGACUGGACAGGACUGAGCUGCUCCCAUUAUCCCCUCUGACUCCCACCAUGGAGGAAGAGCCUCUUGUUAUAUUCUUGUCUGGUGAUGAGGAUACAGAAAAAGCUGAAGAGAAAAAGAAAUCAAAGGAACUGAAGAGUCUGUGGAAAAAAGCUAUACAUCAGCAAAUCCUGUUGCUUCGGAUGGAGAAAGAAAACCAGAAACUGGAAGCAAGAAGAGAUGAACUCCAGUCUAGAAAAGUUAAGUUAGACUAUGAAGAAGUUGGUACAUGUCAGAAGGAAGUCUUAAUCACAUGGGACAAGAAGUUGCUAAAUUGCAGAACUAAAAUCAGAUGUGACAUGGAAGACAUUCACACGUCCCUUAAGGAAGGGGUCCCCAAAAGUCGACGAGGGGAAAUUUGGCAGUUUCUAGCGUUACAAUACCGCUUGAGGCACAGAUUGCCCAACAAACACCAGCCUCCAGACACCUCCUAUAAGGAACUUCUGAAGCAGCUCACUGCUCAGCAGCAUGCCAUACUGGUGGAUUUGGGGAGGACGUUUCCCACUCACCCAUACUUUUCAGUCCAGCUUGGGGCAGGACAGCUGUCCCUCUUUAACCUGCUGAAAGCCUACUCUUUGCUGGACAAAGAGGUGGGCUACUGUCAGGGCAUCAGCUUUGUGGCCGGAGUCCUGCUUCUGCACAUGAGUGAAGAGCAAGCCUUUGAAAUGCUGAAGUUCCUUAUGUACGACCUGGGCUUCCGCAAGCAGUACCGACCGGAUAUGAUGUCACUUCAGAUCCAGAUGUACCAGCUGUCCAGACUCCUUCAUGAUUACCACCGGGAACUCUACAAUCAUCUUGAAGAGAAUGAGAUCAGCCCCAGCCUGUAUGCUGCACCCUGGUUCCUCACACUCUUUGCCUCUCAGUUUCCCUUAGGAUUUGUAGCCAGAGUUUUUGAUAUUAUUUUUCUUCAGGGAACUGAAGUUAUAUUUAAGGUUGCUCUCAGCUUACUGAGCAGCCAGGAAGCACUUAUAAUGGAGUGUGAAAACUUUGAAAAUAUUGUUGAAUUUCUCAAAAGCACCUUACCUGAUAUGAAUACCACUGAAAUGGAAAAAAUUAUUACCCAGGUUUUUGAAAUGGAUAUUUCUAAACAGCUACAUGCCUAUGAGGUAGAAUAUCAUGUGCUACAGGAUGAGCUUCUGGAAUCUUCCUAUGCCUGUGAGGAUAACGAAUCUCUGGAGAAGCUGGAGAGAGCCAACAACCAAUUGAAAAGACAGAACAUGGACCUUCUAGAAAAACUCCAGGUAGCUCAUGCUAAAAUCCAGGCCUUGGAAUCCAACCUAGAAACUCUUUUAACCAGAGAGACCAAAAUGAAGGCUUUAAUCCGGACCUUGGAACAAGAUAAGAUGGCGUAUCAAAAGACAGUGGAGCAAAUCCGUAAGCUGCUACCAGCAGAGGCGCUGGCCAACUGUGAAUUGCUGCUGCGCGACCUGACUUACCCCAGUAAUGACAAAGCCAAGACAGGAAAUAAGCCAUAGUUUCAGACGUGGCCUCAGCAUCGCGCUUCCUGACAAUACCCGGAAGGAGGCACUGUGCACUGCUGACUUAAUGCCAACCAGAAAUCUGGUGGGACACCUACUACUGGUGCUGAGAUCAUCAGUAGGUGAUGUAGCUCUCCUCAGAGCACUCCACUCCUAAGCCAUCACAGACAUCCAGACUGUAUUUUCUUCUGGUUGUCGCCAACUAUGUACGUAAAUAUAUAUAAGUGGACAUAAAGAUUCAUGCUUUCCAAUCAAACGGUAGAUGUGUAUUCAAAGCAAUUUUUCUUUCUCCGUCAAAACUUCAUGAAAUCCACACCAAAGGGGAGUUCAAGUGAGAUUGCCCUUUGGACACACAUGAUAUCUUUUUGUUUUUCUAGUGAAACGAAUCUAGAACAUCUUUGUAUAUUGAAAUAUACUUGAAAAAAAUGAAUGUAUUUCCCCCUGCCCCUAAAGACUAGCAUGUUUCACUCAGCGUGGUAGGCAGACACAUUUCUGUAGCUGUAUGUGUCUGUGUCUAUAUAAGGGACAUGACUAGCUGCCAGUCUCACCCCUGGGAGUCUCUUAGGAAGGUGGGGCCCUUCUGCCCUGCCCACUGUGUGAUAACCAGCAUCUCAAAUCUUCACUCAUCUUGAGUCUGGUUAGGCUUUGCUUGAGACACAGGGACAAAGCAGGACCUUGUGGCUGAGUCCACCCACCUCAAGAUGAAGAGGAAUGUUGCUAAUUUUCUAGCAGAUUAGACCAGCAUUGAUAUUCAAACUGAAAAUAUCAGGCCUCAAAAACACAAUUAAGCUCCUAAAUUGUCUAUAGUAGCUCUUUGCCUUUUUAUUUAGGUGACUUCAACAGUGGUAAAUAGUUGCUUGGUGCUGUAUUUACCAAGUGACAGGGGUUGCUAUUUUCUCACAAAAUUAUGGGAGCUUUCCACGUACUUCUUGUGACCUUCAGUUUAGAAUAGGGAAAUAAAAUGACGAUUGAUUUUCCAAAGAUGAUAUACCGUGUUGAGUUGCUUUUUUAUGUUUUGCUCAAUAACAGAACAUCUUAUUAAUCAUUUUCCCCUUUCAUGUGAAAAAUUUAGAACUGUGAAAUGUUUAGGAACGAACUGUGUAAAGCACAAUGGAAGGGAAGUGAGAUGUCUCCAACCCAGUUAAAACCUGUACAAUUCUGUAUUUGGACUCCUGGCUUCGGCCACGUAUAGAUGGCUUAUUAGAGAACGUUCAUGCAUGCUGGGUGCGUGGAUGGAAAGGAAUUUUCCCAGUGCACGUUCGGUCCCUGACGAUGGUGCCUCUGAACAUGAAGGCGGCAUUUUUGCCUUUCCAAACAGUGUUUAUUGCCGCCACCUUUUGCAGUCCUUGUCUUUUUGCGGAUGGGUUAUUUGGGCAUAAUUUUCCUCAGAGAGAGUUUAUUAGACAGAAGAUGAAGUUUUAUUAUGUAACUCACAGGUCAAGAUGUAAAGAUUUCAGAAGACACAGAUCAGUAGAUGCCAAGCAUCUAUAAACCCUUCUAGACUGUUCCCCACUUGAAUGUCGCAAGUCUUGGGAUCAGGGUGUCCUUGGAUCCAGGGGGUUUCCUCCCCCAAACAACCAAGUCUUAUGACUUAGGAGAGUUGAUACAGCUUCUAGAAUCUAGGAAGUGCUCGUUCUAGAUUUUCUGUUUGGUUGAGGGCCAUUAGCUGAUCAGUUGCUUGUAUCUCCUGAAAAUUUCUUCAUUUGUAGCAUCUUUUAUUCUCCUACCAAGAUGAAGAGGAGCACAGUCUUACUUUCUGAUGUUAGAAAUUGCCUUAUGGGUGUGAUGCACAGGUGGUGGCUGAGAGGUCUUCGUGCUGGGGAAGGAAAUAUUUUCUUUCUGUUUCUCAGUUAAAAGUGAACUAUAUUCUGAAUGUUCAAAGUCAGCAAUUCAGAUGAUGUGGUUAUAGUAUUUUCUUGUGAAAAUGAUUUUUCUUUCUCAUUUGUGAUUUAAAAAAAUGUUACACCGGUUGGUUCUGCUUUGUCAUUUUACCUCUCUAUCAGGUCAUGUAAUGUCUAGUUCAUUUCCAAUAAAUAUGUUGCUGACAUU